AUGGAUAUUUCAAGUGUGCUUUUGAGCGAUUUCAACGCUACCAAAUAUGACCCCGUCGUUGCAGAAUCGUUUCUGACAGAACAAUUGAAAGCUAGAGACUCAUACGAUGCGUAUUUCUCUUCCAUGCCGCUGCCGGGCAGUGUUGUAGAAGACAUAGCCGAAAUAGAGGCGCAAAUUUCAGCACAGGAGCGUAAACUGCGAAAUCUGCUUGUUGAAAACAAACAAGCGCUCUGCGACAGCUUAUGCAACGAGCAAAUCGAGCCUCAAUUAUCAGCUAUGCUAACUCAGAUCGACGAAUUGUGGGAAGUAGAAAAAACUGAAGCAGUGAAAGAACGGCCCUCAGAGGCACAAGGGCCUCACGGAGACUUUUGGGCCCUACUGAACGAGCCAAUGGAGGAAGAUCAGCAACCUAAAGACGGAUCUGACGAGUUAAACGCCGCCUUGCGAAAACUUCAACUCCGUGCUGUAAACAGCACGGAUGGAGAUUUGAACAAUGCGCGCGACAACCUGGCGCUCGUUUUGACACAUUGGAAUUCCGUCAGCGAGCUUCUGGAGCUACCAACGCUGACCAGUACCUGUAUAAAGACAGGCCAUUAUCAAGAAGCCUUAAUGUGCCACACGCAUGCCCGAGGAUUAGUGGAGAAAUUCCCGCAGAUAACCAUAAUACGCCAUAUGGCUGACUCGAUUUCGCGCGAAAUCACUACCACCAUGCUUCAGGGUCUCGUGAAGAUGUUGCAACAAAAUCUGAGUGCGAACCCAAUAAAAAAAAUUCUUUCAUAUCUUUCAUCUAUCCCUCCAUUCGAUGAGAAUCCACAGGCGCUAGUUCAAGUCUUUUUAGCCAUGCGCCACAAAUUUGUGUGCUCGGAGAUGAAUUCGUUUGAGAUCACGGAGCUGACCAAUGAUACCAUGCGGGAGCUUCUCGUGAAGCGCAAAAUCGAAGCAUUUCGAGAACAUGUAUACAAUGCACUAGCGAUCCUUCAAUCACAGCCGGAGCUUUUCAACAACGACAAUCAUCAUCACCACAAAUUCAAGAUUUCAAUGCCUCUAUUGGAUGAACCCAAGAAGCCCAUUACGACGAACCCGCUCAUGCUUCUAUUUGUGGAACAAUGCUGUGACGCACUGAUACGCUCACUUGCUCCCCAGAAGGAUUCGCUUUCCGUGUCCGUGUGUCUGCAGCUGGUAUACUGCUCAUUUCGAUUGGCGGAUUGCAAUCCAAAUUACCAUCAUCUGUUUAUCCGAAAAAUUCAAGAAGCUAAUUUGGUCUCUGCGACGGAUCUAUCAACCGCGAUGGACAAACGCCGAGAACUAGCUAACAAGUACUACUAG